CUGUUGACCAAAAAGAACCCAGCUCCCGUUUAAAUCGAGCUUGGGGAAGCGGGCGCCUAUAGCAAGAAAUAGCAUUUUGAGAGGUGUUUUGGAUGUUAAAUGACACGGCGGCACCGAGGGGUUUCGAGUUGCGAAGGUGACAAAGAGUUGCGCCUGCCGCAGCUAACGUCAAGUGUGAGGUGUCUCUUUACUGUUUUAACACUUUGUUAAUGAAGUUUUAGAAGAUUUUUUUUUAGGGUUUUGCUUUGGUUUUUUUGGGACUUGAACAUGGUGCUGUUUCAACGCUGCGUACUCGGGGGACUUGUGCAGGGUCACCGCAGCCUGUGUGGAAUCCAAACGGGAAAAAAGACCUGUAACCCGGCGUGGGCUUCGUCCACAGUUCGCUACCGUCCGGACAGCUGCAGCUCCGCCAGGCGCUACAGCACCACGUCAGGCAUUGCAGGGGUGAGAGAGCGCACUCUGAUUGCGGUGAAGCCUGACGGGGUCCAGCGCCGCCUGGUGGGCCAGAUUAUGCAGCGCUUUGAGCAAAGGGGCUUCAAACUGGUGGGCUUGAAGAUGCUGAAGGCUUCUGAUGACCUCUUGUCUCAGCACUACCGUGACCUCCAGAAGAAGCCCUUCUAUCCCAACCUGCUGCGCUACAUGACCUCUGGGCCCCUAGUGGUCAUGGUGUGGGAAGGACAUAACGUAGUCCGGACGUCCCGCCUCAUGGUAGGAGACACUAACCCAGCAGAGGCUCAUCCUGGGACAGUUCGUGGGGACUUCAGUAUACACAUUAGCAGGAAUGUGGUGCAUGCCAGUGACUCUGUGGAGGGCGCCCAGAGGGAGAUCCAGCUGUGGUUCAGCAGGAAGGACCUCAUGGACUGGGACUCCUGUGACCACAGCAGCACCUACCAGGUGUGAGAGAGACCAGCGGAGGACCGUGAAGGGAGGAGGAGACUGGGACUGGGGGUGUGGAGACAGGAUGCACCAUUACUACCUCCAUCUGCACCCAGGGGUGCAGCCCUUGUCUCCCCCCCAAAAAAAACUUUUCCCUGGUUGGUGAGAAGACUUAUGAAGCUAACCAUCGCCAAAGCCCCAGGGGAGACGCACAACGGUAUCGUGCUGGAUUCUCCCAGUGCGGUCAGGGAUCGCGCCAGCUCUCCCACUCUCUCUAUCCUCCUGUAGCACAAAAUAGGGAUCAGCAGUUUCCACCCUGGCUUUUAAGUGUAGAUGUAGAGCAAGGACAGUUCUUACAGUCGGACAUCUGGGGAUUGUGUCUUAUGUACGCCUCCUUACAGAAGAGAUGAAAGAGGAGGGGAAAAAGGUCAGGGGUGUCCAUUGACGUGAAUGAUCCUCCUUCCUGAAAUCCCGGCAGCUCCUGAGGGCUCAGGGAUCCCCCGCCUCGGCAUCCAGGAGCUAAAGACAUGCACCCCCACCCCACCCCGAUUCCUUCACCCCUGGGAAGCUGAAAACCGGGUUCAUGUUGACACACCCAGUCCACCCCUCUGGAGUUAUUGAGGGCCUAAUUGUACCAAAUCAGGAAACCGUGCAAAGCAGCCCAGUCUUUGCCUUCACUGUGUUGUUUUAAAAUAAACUCUGUAUGUGGUA